GGGGGGAGGGGAUCAUGGAGCUGUAUCUGCCCAGGUCUAUUGAGAGAGCUGUCGAGGAGCAGUGGGGGAUGCUGAGGAGUGUCGAGCAGCAGCGGAGGGUGCAGACUGAUCGAUGUGGUGCGGGUGAGUGUGAGUGUGAGUGAAGGAGAGAUGAGGAGGGGACUGCAGUGCAUGGCAGGGAGGAGAACAAGGUUUGGGUUGGACACCGACUGACGAGCGGUGACUCCAUCGGCGGAGAUUGGAGGCCGCCCGUAUCUCAUCGCCCAUAGGGCUGUGUGGAGACUAUGGCCAAUACACAGUCUGGCUGCAUGUACGCUGUAAACGAGACAAAGUGGGGCUGCAGCGGACCAGAUAAGAAGGUCGUAGGCAAAGCAGCUGUCUCUCUCUCUCUCUCUCUCUCUCUCUUCUUUUCUGCUUUUCUGCUUUUGUUUCUGUUUCUCGUCUCUCGCCUUUCGUCUCUCGUCUCUCACCCCCCUCUCUUCUCCUUUUUUGCCCUGCUUCCUCCUCCGCCGCUUUCUCUUUUUUCCUCUCCCCCCUCAUUCCUCAUCCCUUAUUCCUCAUUCCUUCCUGAUCCUCCUCCUCUCUUCAUUCGUCCAACCCCACAGCGAAUGGUUGCACACACAGCUUUCUACUGGCUCGCAAGCCAGGGCGCCACCAUGGCUGCCAACACCGUCGCAGAUGACAGCGCCAUCCCCCUGAAGAUAUACCUCUCCAACGUUGCUGGCUCCCUGUCGAUCCUCUGCUGGUUCAUUGUCUUUACUCCUCAAUUUUGGAUCAACUACAAGAGGCAGUCAGGAGAGUCCCUGUCGCUAAUCUUCCUCUACAUCUGGCUCGCCGGUGAUAUCAUGAACCUGAUCGGCGCAACCAUGGAUAACCUGUUGCUUACGAUGCGUGUCCUGGCCUGGUACUACACUAUCGCAGAUGUUGCAUUGAUUGCACAAAUCUUCUACUACCGCAGGACAUCUCCCAAGGCCAGCUUCGAGUCAGUCAUCACGCAUGCCAGUCCUGAAGUCCUAAGUGCGCCUCACGGCGAACACGCACCCCUUAUCGCGGGAAGCCUCUCAGCAAACUAUUCAAGUAUCUCGCCAUCUCAACACGUCCACGAGAACGAGCACGAUCGAGUGAUCCACCAGGCAGCCAUGGUCGCCAAUGCUACUGCAUCACACUAUGCUGAAGGACAUCACCACCAAACUGCCGACACCGAAUCGGGACAUCUUUUGCCAGGAGAACGUUCUCUUCGUCAUCAGCGUCGUCCCUCAGCACACUCCACCCUGACUACGGCCUCUGGAAGGUACCGAUACAAAAUGGUGAAGCGCCGCAGGAUGAUCCGCAAGGUUGCCAUGGUCAUCUUCCCUAUUAUGAUGAUCGCGAUCUUCGUUUGGGCAUACUAUGACUGGCUGCAGUGCACGAUUGGCAGUGGAGAGGGUUCAGAGGAUGGGUCUCAUUGUGGCCGUGGACACAAUGGUGGACAUGGCAAUUUGCCUCCUGCACCCCGCCCCCCAUCAUCAGGGACCGACGAUGUACUUUCAAUCAUGAGUAGCAAGGAGCCCAAGAAGCACCCAGGCGAUGACAACCAUGGGGGUGAGAAGACCGGAGUGCAGCUGUGGUUGCCCUUGUUGCUCGGAUGGGGAAGUGCAGUUCUAUACCUCGGAUCGCGUAUCCCACAGAUCUACAAGAACUGGAGGCUCAAGUCGUGCGAGGGGUUGUCGGUGAUGAUGUUUGUGUUCUCGGUCUUUGGCAACAUCUUCUACGUGGCCUCCAUCUUCUUUAACUCGCUUGAGAUCGAUUACCUGAUCAGGAACAUGCCAUGGUGGCUAGGUUCCGGCGGUACCCUGAUCUUUGAUUUCACGAUCUUUUUCCAGUUCUACAUCUACCGUUACAACACUCCUCUGAGCGAAGCCCUCAAGGAAGCAGCGGCAACAGGCGAGCUGAACGAGAAUGCAUUGAUGGCAACCGCCAAUGACUCUGACUCGACCGAGGAUGACUCUGAUGCGGACUCUUCUACAGGAGCAAUGUCCCAGCAAAACAAAAGCAAAAAGGACCAUGGCCACCAGCACCAGUCCACGUCCGCAUCGGAUGCCACUCGCGUAUGAGUCCUCUAGAGCAGGAAAUGACUCGUUGCCUUGGCCUUUGUAGUUUCCAUCCACCCAUACCAGCAUGUUUUCUUGUCUUGUUUUCGUUUCUUGCUUUUUUAUUUUUUAUUUUAUUUCCCAUUGCUUUUGUAAACAUGUACAAUAAACGUCCAAAUCAAAAGAGAA